AAUAAUCGACUAGCCUGCCCUGUUAGUUCUGAGCUAAUUCUCUGGUCUCCCAAGACUCUAGUCGAGAAUGUGAACUCCAUGGCCUGUGUGGUCUCCUGCAAUCCCAGACCAGCUGGCAAAGGCGUCCUUCAUGCUGCUGCUCUUGGCAAUCUCUUCCCCUACCCCCCCCCUCCUUCUAUUUCAGAAGCUGUCAAACUGGUUUAUUGCUCUGACGUGUCUCACAGAAAAGGUUGUGACACCCUAUCCUUGAGUCAAGCUCCCCGGGCUCUGAGGCCAGAGCAAAGCCAGAGCGAGUGGAUGGGCAGCGCCAAAGAGGGGGAGAUCUUCUACUAUCCCUGUGACUCAAAAUCCACCUGGACUGUGUGUUCCAGGUGCUUGGAGCUAGAGACUUUUCACAAUGGGUGAAAGAAAAGGCGUGAAUAAGUAUUACCCUCCUGACUUCGAUCCAGCAAAGCAUGUCUCCCUUAAUAAAUACCGGAACAGCCACCCACUGCGAGAGAGAGCCCGCAAGCUCUCCCAGGGCAUCCUUAUCAUCAGGUUCGAGAUGCCCUACAACAUCUGGUGCGAUGGCUGCAAGAAUCACAUUGGAAUGGGUGUCCGGUACAACGCGGAGAAGAAGAAAGUUGGGAAUUACUACACUACCCCCAUCUACAGGUUUCGGAUGAAGUGCCACCUGUGCGUUAAUUACAUCGAGAUGCAGACGGACCCGGCGAACUGUGACUACGUCAUCGUGAGCGGGGCCCAGCGCAAGGAGGAACGCUGGGAUAUGCAGGACAACGAGCAGAUCCUGACCACAGAACACGAGGAGAAGAAGAAGCUGGAGACUGAUGCCAUGUACCGGCUAGAGCAUGGCACCGUGGACCAGAGCAAGCUGCAGAGAGCCAUCCCCACCUUGUCCAACAUCCAGGAGGCCCAGAGUGCCUGGAAGGACGACUUCGCCAUCAACAGCAUGCUGCGCAGGAAGUUCAGGGAGGAGAAGAAGAUUCUCCAGGAGGAAGAAGAGAAGGACCUGGCUCUGCAGACCAAGGCCAACCUGAGCAUCCCUCUGGUGCAGGAGACGGAGGAGGACCGGCGCCUGGCAGCUCUGCUCAAGUACCACAGCCUGGACUCUUAUGAGGACAAACAGAAGCUGAAACGAACAGAGAUCUCUGGCCGCUCCUGGUUCCCCCCUGCUCAGGCUCCAGCUGGCAAAGCCACCGACAUGCUUAAGAAGCUGGGGCUCGCCGGGAAAGCCGUGCCCCCAAAGGCGCUCACUGGCGGCUCACACAUCACAAUCGGCCACUUGGGCAUUGUGCGCCGCAAAUCCAGGGAGGGGCCCGAGAGCCUGCGCAGCCCGGGAGAGAGCAUGGAGCACGGGGCACAACCUGGCGGGCAGAGCCGCGACAGCGCAGCCCAUGGGACGCCCCAGCAGAGCUCCCCCGUGGCCAACGGCGACGUCCUCCCUGCGGAGGGCACUGCCAGCACCUCCUGCUCCGCCAGCCUCAGCUCCUCUCUCGUGGCAGACUAUUCAAACUCCAGCUCUGAUUCUGAAGUGGACUGACACACACACACACACCCCCGUAGGGCUGGACUUAGGGGGCCCGCAUUGUUUCAAUGACUCUAAGCCAUAGACCCAGCAAGAACUCCUGCUCCUCCACGCCACAGCGGUGAUCCUGCCUUCUCCACAGCGCUCCCAGCGAGACAGGCCUUCAAACACCCCGUAUCAGCGCUGUUGAUACCCUUCCUGGUGUGACUCUGGAAAGGCAGAGCCUGUACCCCGUGUAUAUGAGAUUCCUCCCCCCAGGAUUGCAGGCAGCCUCCUCUAGUGUGGAUUCACAUCUGCCCCUCCCCUCGUCCCCUGUAUCUGCUCCAUUAGUCCUCUGUACAUAGGAAAGGACAGACUAAAAUAAGCCUCCAUUAAACGCUGGCCCCAGCUGAUUAACCGUAUGGUUCGCUGACAGCACACACCCGGCUGGUUGUGAUGAACCUUCGUGUCUCUCCUGCUUCAUAGCAACAAGACUGAAGAACGGCAGGAGAGGAAACCAGUUAGCUGGGACUGCGCAGGGAAGGGAAUCACUGAAAUGGAAACCCUCGCAAGCUGCUGCUAUAUUAAACCUGCUACAUGCAGGGCUGCCAAGGGCCUUGUCUACAGGGGACAUUUUCAAACACGGGAGAACCUACGUCCCGUUUUCAGAACUGACCUAGCCCCUCAGGUCUGGUUUAUGGGACUGUCUGCCAGGACUGCCAUUUCUCUACUGAGAUCAUUAAAACUGUAGAACUUG